UACUAAAAUUAUUUAUUAUUUAUUAUCUAAGUAUAUUAGAUAUCGUUUUCUUAAAUAUUCGGCAGAUAAAACGACUAUUCGAACGUAUUCAGGCCGAUUGGAAUUUAUUACAAGAUGAGCAUGAACGUGAAAUAAUAGCAUCAUACGCCGAAUAUGGAAGGUUAAUUACUAUCUUUUUAACAAGUAAGAUAUUUCUUUCUAUUGCUACAUUCAUAUAUUUACAUAUAAAACACGCUUGUGGUUUAUUAAAAAUUGCUAGCUAUCGAAUGGAACGUGUAAUGGAUAUGGAAAACAUGCAACAAAUUUCUCCGUUAGAAAGAGAACAUAUUAUGUGUGUAAGAAUAAUGCGAGCUGUAAAUAUUCAGCAAAAAGCAAUGAAGUUUGAGUAUAAUGUAUAUAUUUCUUACUUUAUAGUACUUCUAAUUCUUUCUCUAAACGUUUUCGGCUUGUUCCAAUUUCUUCCGAAUUUUCUUGACAUCAUUGCACCGCUUAAUGAAUCUCGUGAACGUUAUUUGUCAUUCUCAGCCGAGUAUUUUAUCGAUCAGAAGCAAUAUUUUUAUCUUAUUUUAACACAUGGUUUGUUGGCUGUUUAUAUCGGAAGUGCUGGAGUACUUGCUACUGGUAGUUCGCUUAUAGGAUUUAUUUCGCAUAUCUGCGCAAUGUUAAAGAUAGCAAGCUAUCGUCUUGAACAUUUAAGCGAUAAUCUAUCAUCAGUAUCUGAACUUGAAAAGGAUUGCAUCAUCCGUAAAAGAAUAAUUAAUGUCGUUGAUAUUCAUCGAAGAGCAAUCGAGUUAGUAUUUGAUUUACAAAAAAAAAGUUAA